AAGCUAGUAUAGGCAAUACAAAUAUAAAAUGCAAUGUAAAAAAUCCACGUUAUACCGCGUUUGUCAUCUACCUAGGUACCUAUACAGCCCGAUGGAACAACAACAAUAUUCGCACGGUGCAAAUACGCGUCAACUGCUACAGUGCCGCGGUAUAUGAUCGUGAUUAUACGAAUUGAUUUCGUGGUUUCUCGGUCACCGUACACCUAGGUACCUAUGUUUAGGGCAAAGUUUUAGUGGGUGCGUUACUUAAAAAUCUUAAGCUGUUAGACUCGCGGGCGCGUUUGUUGUGGAUAUAUACCUAUGGUGUGACGGUCGCGUUGAUGACGGCGGCAAUGCCUAUCGCGAUGACGAGGGCGGAAGGGGUAUAAUACGAGAAUUAAACACUGCAUAGAGAGCCAGAGAAGGAGACAGAGACAGAGACAGAGACAGAGACAGAGACAGAGACAGAGACAGAGACAGAGACAGAGACAGAGACAGAGACAGAGACAGAGACAGAGACAGAGACAGAGACAGAGAAAGAGACAGAGACAGAGACAGAGACAGAGAGUGGCGAAGAGAGAUGAAUUCCCAUGCAGCUCAGGCGCCACACACGUUACUCAUUGCGGAUUCUGCACCAAUAUCGUGAGUUCUAAAGAAAAAAAAAUCGUAUAUACAUUAUUAUUAUUAUUAUUAUUAUUGUGCGUGCGUGCGUGUGAUUUGUGAACGUGUGUGUGUGCGUGUGCAUGUGCAUGUCUAACAACAAAAGGCCGGUAAAGCACUCGGUCUGCAUUCCGCGUGCACAAGUCGAAGAGACAAAUUGAAUUAUCAUAUACGCACUGCAUUUGUAGCCUCCAGGGGUCAAGGAAUAUUUACCCUGACACUAAAGAAUAGCGCGCUGUUUUUCCUUUCACGAUAAUACAGUAAUAAUAAUAAUAAUAAUAAUAGUAAUAGUAAUAGCAAUGGAAAAAAAUGGCAACGAUGAAAAAAUAAUAGGAAAAAGAAAUGAGAAGGAAUAAUAAUAGUAAUAGUAAUAAUAAUAAUAAUAAUAAAGGUAUGAGAAAAAAAUAAAGCAACAUGGCGCAUGCGUGAUAGGCGGUUUGGGGGGUGGGCAUAUGGUGGAUUGUCUCUAAACAGGAGUAGAGGAGAGCAUAUGCGACAGUCCAGACUCCAGUUUGGAUUUUAUAAGGGCUCGGUUCCGUCGCAACACCGCCGGUAGCUGCUGCUUGAACGCCGUUGUAAACGUGUUGUUAUUUUUCCAUCGUCCAACUAUAUUAUUAAUUAUUAUUAAUUAUUCGUAUUUCAUCUCUGCAAUCGUGUCGUCCAUGUUUAUUAUAAUAUUUAAAUAGAUCAUAUUUUUUAAUAAAAACUGUGCAUUCUACGAAAUCAUCUAACCGAACAUAAUAAUAAUAUAGUUAGAGAACCGUUUCGAAUCGAUAACAUUAAUGGUGACUGUUUCCUACGGAAUCGAAUUUAACUAAACCGAGCGAUGCUAGUGCGGUUAUGGUUGGCGGUAUUAAUGACCGUGUUGUUGACUGUGGUCGCCUUCAAACCACUAGAGGCUAAUUUAACACGCGAUGGACACUCAUUGAAACAAAUGAAUGUUAUACCUCCCGAUUCUGAUUACAUUGUCCCAGUAACCAAAUCUCGAACAAAGUUCCUCAUUUUGAUACACCAAGACUCUGACCGGGAUCUGUCCGUGACUGUCACGCCAUCGUGCAACUCCAUGCUCAACUGGGACUUGAAGUUUAUACCUUUAACAAAAUAUAACCAAACAGUCGUCAUAUCAUGGAACAAUAAUAAGUCGAGUGAUAUAGGAAGGUUACUCAUAGAAUACACGGGUGUGUCCAUACCCGCCACGUAUCAACAUGGCAAAGCGAAAAGAGGUCUUUACGUGAUAUCAGCCCAGACGGCAACAGGUGAAGAUUCAAAGGCUAUGUUUUAUGUUGGGCUCAAUCAAAAUUUACGAAAAAAUCAAUUUGGAUUCCGUCCAAAUGGAAUAAAAAUCAAAAAAGGCGGUCAAAAAAUUUAUUUAAGAUGGAAUCUAAGCCAUAUAGAUCAUCAUUUAAUGAAGUACAGUCUUGUGGUCAGCUCGUCAAAAAUAUACUCAACGAUCUGUGAAGCUGAAAUGCGUUUGGAAGAAAAACUAAAAACAAAUCCUACGUAUACUGAGGAUGAUUUACAACCUGAAGACAGAUUAGAGAUACAUCAUCUGGGACAUAACACAAGCUAUACGAUGACUGAUUUAAUUUAUGAUGAAACGUACUAUUUUACUGUAUUUGUGUUCCAUGAACUUCAUAUAGCCACACACCAUGCCAACGCUACUUAUAAAUUUCAGAAGUCCAAACCCAUUGGACUAAAAGAUGCAAGGCCCAGAAUUAUCAAUCUGAGGGCUCAAAAUGGAAAAGCAUCCUUCAGGUACAAGGUGGGAAAUAAAAUGCAGUUGGAAAAAGAUGGCCCUUCUAACACAUUAUAUUGGUACGUCAUGCCAUGCGAUGGAGUAGUAAACGUUGAAAUCCGUUGUAGAAAAACAUUAUUAAUUAGCCAAAGAGUUUUUGGAUACGAGAAAUUCAUCAUAAACAACACUAAGCGUGGAGAAAGAUACGUGUUAAAAGUGGAAUCCGUAUCUGUAGAUGAGACUCAACGCAUCAGAUCAAUUGAGGUAAUGGCCACCGUACGACCAACGAUGAUUCCAAUGCCAGAUAUGCCACGCAAUCUAAGUGUCCAACAAUAUGUCGGACCAGAUGAUUGUAAUUCGGUGAAGAUCGGUUGGUUGUCCGCGAACUCGUUGACUGAUUUAAAAUAUUGCGUGUACGUACAGGAGAAUACUAACAACUUGGAAAGUGUAGAUUUUUCAGUCAAGCCAGAUCAGUGUAAAGUUGGGUACGGCAAAAUCAGGAGAAGCGAUGUUUAUAAUAAUUAUCGAACGAAGACUCGAUGUUACAUUGGUGAAAAGGGGAUAGUUUUAGUAGAAAAGAUACUCAAACUUAAACCGUUAACAACCUACACCAUUCAAGUGACAGUUACUAAACCAAGAGGAAGAACGCUAUCGUACGAUUUUCUAAAGUUGGACACAAACUCGUGCGGGCUUAACUAAAAGACUAUUUGUAUCACUUUUGCUGGAAACCAACAAAAGCCAUCCAUCCAUCAUCAUUGACAAAAAUGUCGCCGAUCGGUCGCAUUCGUUUCGUCAUCUUCUUCAUCCUGUAAAUUGUAAUCCUUCAUAGUAUUAUUAUACGUUUAAAUACUUUAUAUCGCAACUAUAUUGUAGAUUUUAUUAUUGUUACUAUUAAUUUUUAUUAUCUAUAUUUAUUGAAAAUAAAAUCAACUCCCAAGGAUUUACUCGGUAUUGUGGUAUUGUGGUACUGUGGCGUUAAAAAAAAAAAUAAUAAUCUAAAGCUAAGAGGAAUGUGGAACGCCCCAUUAAGAAAACAUCUGGCGUAUUCAGAACCUCGACAGCUAGUUGGUAUACAUACAGAAAAGUGAUUAAACAGGUACAAUUCGUUUAAAAAAUACCGAAAUAAAAAUAAAUUGAGUAGUUUAAGGGAGGUUAUAUAUAUAUAUACAUAUAUCAAUAAAGCGUUGAUGAGUUGGAAAAAAAAACAUUAACAAUAGGCACCUUAGAGCAUAUUAUUAUUAGGUACCGUGCUGAUAGGGUAAUAAUGUCAGAAAAUAUAUGCUUAAAGAAUUCGAGUCCAUUAAAUUUGGGGUACUGUUGCUAUGUAGGGAGCAUACUACACACAUUAUAUUAAGGGUUAGUGAACCUGAAGCGAAGGUGGGGGGGUAGAAUAACCUUCGGUUAAUUUAAUGAGUUCCAGAUUUUUUUCCUGUUUUUCAAGGGUUGGUUAUAAUAACAUCGACGGACUCACCUUUCAAUGAAGCAGUUUAUAAUAUAGAAUAAAUCUCAUAUGCAUUGUACCUUUAUUCUUUUGUUAACAAUAUAUUAAACUUUAUACAUCUCAAAUUAUUUAUAACUUGUUCAUUAUUCUAUAAUAUUAAGUAGGUACAUUAUGUUUGGCAGUUUAAUUUUUUUUUCUGUUAAAAUAUAUACAAUAUUAUCUAAUAAAUAAUUUCUACUAAAUUAUGAUUGUUAUUCAUACCUUUUUGUUAGUAUAAAAUAUUAUUGAAAUACAAAUUAGUUAGUAUAUUAUUAUUGAAAAUUAUUGUUUUAUAAAACCAAAUAUUACAAUACCUAAUAAUUAUUAUUAUUGAACGUAAUUAACUACAUUUCUUUCAUAGAAUAUUAUUAUAUUUACAUUUGACAAGUAGUCAAGUAGAGCUUGUAUGACCAUACAUUCUUGAAAAUAUACUUGCAGAAAAGUCAAAAUAUGCUAUUAUUUUAUGUCGUUAAAAUGUGUAUAAAAUAUUUUUCAAAAAUAGCAAGCAAAAAAAUAAUGUUGAUAUUUUAAACACAAAGUUUAAUAAAAUAUUGAAGAUAUUUAUUAUACUUGAAAUGUUAUCAACAAAUAUUUUCAAUUGUAUAAGUAUUAAACAAAAUUGUUCUAUAUAUAUUCAAAUAAGAUAAUUUAGUAAUUUUAGAGUUUAGACUAUAUAAUUGAGUGUAAGGAAAUACAGCUACCUCUGAUUUAUUAUCUACAUUUUACUACCAAUUAUUGACGCCUGGCAUAAUUCACUAUGCAAUUUAUUAUACUUAAAUGUAAAUUUGUUAUCUUAAAAUUUCAAUUUUUAACAAUUAUUUAGCAUUAGGUAUAAUAUAUAUUAUAUAAUAUUACAUACCUACUCUGUUAUUUACUUAUUAUUCUUUACGAUUAAUACAUUUAACAACACCAUUUUAAACUAGAACUUUGAAUCCGUCAUUAUGUUCACUGAAAAAAGUAGACAUUUUAAAUGGGAAAAUAAUAUGGCAAAUUUAAAAUAACUAUUUUACGCAGGGAUGUGAGUUCAAAUUAAUUUACUCUUAAUUCGCAAGGUAAACAAUAUAAGUUAUUUUUCAAUAGUUGAGUUAUAAUAUAAAAACCAUUUAGCUUCAGAAACCGAUAUUGUGACUGCAAGUGAAACCUAAGGAAAAAAAGGAAAAAUAAACUUGAGUAAAUUAUACAGUUAUACUUAAUUAAAUUAUAUAUUAUUUCGUAUAAUAUAAUAUACAAUGUAAUCCUAUUAAUUUAUCAAAUUCCUAUUUAUUAAAAAAUAGUCAUAAUUGUAAACACUUCAAAUUGUGGAAAUAUUAAAAAAUAAUAAUGACAGUAUUUUUUUUUAUUGGUCUUGAAAUUUAUACAAUUUCUGCUUCGACAACUUGGUCAUUAGCAUAAUAACAGUAUUAUAAUAUUAUAAUAUAUUAUAUUUAGUUUAUUUGCUUAUUAGUGUUUAUUUUUAAUAAUAAGUUAAAUUAAUCUCUAUGGCUUUGUAAUUAGUAAUUUCACAUUAUAGAAUGUAUUAAAUUAGAAGAUAUCCUGCAAAUUAU